AUGACAUGGUUCUCCCUCGCAUCCUACUGGCUGACCAAUUCUGUCAUUAUGGAUAUUGUUGGGACACCAAGCGCAACAAACAAGAACAAGGGCUGGCCAUUUGGGAAUGACGCGACUCCUGUCGUUAACAACUUCGUCAAGAUCUCUUAUCUUGUCUUCCUCAUGCUCCAGUACAUCCUUGCUCUUGGUAAUCGACCGAAGGGAUCGAAAGUUGCAUACACACUAUCCUUCAUCUACUUCUCCAUCGUCCAACUCUACAUCCUCGUUCUCUCAUUUUAUCUUGUCGCCCAGGCAUUCAGCGGCGGGAAUCUGGACCUCAAUUUAGACGACGGGGUCGCAGGUUUCAUCGGAUCGUUUUUCACUUCCACCAGCGGACUCGUGCUGAUCGCAUUAGUUUCAACAUACGGGAUAUAUUUCCUAUCCAGCAUUCUAUACCUUGACCCAUGGCACAUGCUCACGUCCUCAUGGGCCUAUUUUCUAGGAAUGCCCUCCUCGAUCAACGUCUUGAUGGUCUACGCCUUCUGCAACUGGCACGACGUAUCAUGGGGUACCAAGGGAUCCGACCAAGCAGGCUCACUCCCAUCAGCUCAGACCAAAAAGGCCGAUGCAAAGACAAACUUCGUCGAAGAGCUUGACAAACCUCAAGCAGAUAUCGAUACUCAAUUUGAGUUCACAGUCAAACGAGCUCUUUCCCCAUGGCAUCCACCCGAGGAGAAGGAAGACGCCAACUUAGACGAUUCGUAUAAACGCUUUCGGACGAAUCUCGUGUUACUAUGGGUUUUGAGUAACUCGUUCCUGGCACUUUGUAUCAACAAUGAAGGCAUUAGGAAUCUUUGCUUGACGGUCGUACGGCCUGGUAUUUUAAGAUUAUUCUCUGGGUUACUUCUGCGCUGUCGGUUUUCCGGUUUAUCGGGGCUUUGUGGUUUUUGGGCAAGACUGGGGUGUUGUGUUGUUUUUCGAGGCGUUGAUUUGAAUUUUGAGUAG